CUCUUAUAUUUUUGUGUCACCCAGGCUACAGGCCUUACCCACCCAGCUUCGUGAAGGCCAAAUCGGCAGGGGCGACGCCCAUGCGCAGCGUGCCUCCCACCUCUGCAGGCGCACUCGCAGCAGCUUUGUAUAGGUCUAUAUCAACAUCAUCUAGGCCUCCUCAGGCGCGCGUUGAGUUGUCUCAGUGGGGGUUCAGUGCUGCUCCGUGCUAUAUGAGCUUGGGCUUCCGCCUUUGGCAGAACCUUCUUCCAACGAUGAACCGCUCUCUUGCUCCGUCGAAGGCCCAGUGCCUGCGGCGAUGCGGCGCUGCCAACAUUGCGCGGACGCGCCUGCACACGAUCGCUGCUGCUGCGGCGCCCGUCGCUGGCGAGCGCAGGGCCAAGGCUAACAUUGACUGGGACAGCCUGGGCUUCGGCCUGAAGGACGUUGCUGCGACCAUGUAUGUGGCGGAGUGGACGCCGGAGAAGGGCUGGGACAGCGGCAAGCUGGUGCCCUACGGCCCCCUCAACAUGAUGCCCAGCGCGCAGGUGCUCAACUACGGCCAGGCCAUCUUCGAGGGCAUGAAGGCCCAGGAGUCCGCCAAGGGCCGGGUGGUGCUGUUCCGCCCCGACCAGAACGCGGCCCGCUUCAAGGCGGGCGCGGCGCGCAUGUCCAUGCCGUCGGUGCCCGAGGACCAGUUCGUGGAGGCGGUGCGUGCCACCGUGGAGAACAACCUAGACUACGUUCCCCCCAUGGGCAAGGGCUCCCUCUACCUGCGCCCGCUGCUGAUGGGCACCGGACCCAUCCUGGGCCUGGGCCCGGCGCCCGCCUACACCUUUGCCAUCUUCGCCGCCGCCGUGGGGGCCUACUUCAAGGGCGGCCAGCUGACCCCCAUUGACCUCAUCGUGGAGGAGCGCUUCCACCGCGCCGCGCCCGGAGGCAUGGGCGGCACCAAGGCGGCGGGCAACUACUCGCCGGUGCUGGUCACCCAGCUGGAGGCCAAGAAGAACGGCUUUGCUGACGUGGUGUACCUUGACGCCAAGACGGAUACGUACCUGGAGGAGGUGUCCUCAUGCAACAUCUUCGUGGUCAAGGGCAAGACGAUAAAGACGCCGCCGCUGUCGGGCACCAUCCUGCCCGGUGUGACGCGCCGCUCCAUCAUCGAGCUGGCGCGCAGCCGCGGCUACGACGUGCAGGAGGCCGCCGUGUCCGUGCACGAGGCCAUGGAGGCCGACGAGAUCUUCACCACCGGCACGGCUGUGGUGGUGUCCUCGGUGGGCUCCAUGACCUACCGCGGCAACAAGAAGGCCUACACCGCGCCCGGACAGGCCGGCCCGGUGGCUCUGGAGAUGUACUCGGCCCUCACCGACAUCCAGACCGAGAAGGCCGACGACAAGUUCUCCUGGGUCUACCCCGUCAAGUAAAUGCAUGCAUGCUUGCUUGCUUGCUGCCUAGAUGGCGCGAGAGCAUGGGUGCUUGGCUUGACUGACGGACGGAAUGUGGCGGGAUGGGAUGGGGUGUUGCUUGACAGGGCCCGUGUCAAGAUUCGAGCUCGGCUUUGAAGGGUCUGAUUAGAACGCUUGGCAGACGAGGGCAGUGCGUGGGGGCUAGGACUAGGAUAAGGGCGCUAGCGGAGGGAGUGCAGGAGGCUACCGUGCCUUGACGAGGAGGCGGUUAGCUGUGCUGCCUGCUAGCUGUGAUACCCUCUUCCGAGACUGUGCGCACGCACCUCCUGGUUGCAUUUUCGGUAGUUGCCGGCCUGAUGGGCAGGAGGCGACCCAGGUGCUGUGUGGUUCAGUGUGGGGGCCAACGGGCGGCAGAGGCUCGUGGGCUGGGCAGGCCUUGCGUGGGCCGCCCAUUGGCGUGGAUGUGGGGGAAUGUGGCUGUGCCGAAUGGGUACAUUGCGUUCGGUGUGGUGCGAAUGCAGCCACGAAGCUUUCGCAGGCGAGUCAAAUGAGCACCACGGUCGGUUGGGUAGGAAAGCGUGGGGAACAAGGGAUGCUUUGUUGGGUGCGACAGGGAUGCGUCUGUGGCCGGUGGAUGCGUCUGUGGCCGCCGUUUGUGUGCGGGCCGCCUACAUCUGCGGCGGCAGGGUGCGCUGGCAGCUGCUGGAUGGAGGUCACACAUGAUGAGGUGCUGAUGUCAGAAGAUGCAGUGUCGUGUGCGGUGGUGCGGAGCAGGCGACAUAAGCAGUUACCGGUAGGUUGACCGGCCUACCGCCCGAAGUCGGUAUAAGGAGCAGUGCUGCGAAAUGGAUGCUUUAUGCCCGGGGUGGGUAAGAGCAUGGGCAGGGCCGGUGCUGUGAUCGUGGUGCAUUUGCCGAGGGUUCGGGCCGCACGCAUUAUGCGCUGACUUAUCGCAGCGCAGUGGAGAUAAGUCUAGUUAUUGCGACGUAACUGCCGUGUUGCGUUAAAGUCACGCACGGUGCAGGACGCUCGGGUACGUGCCUGCAUGGGGCCGGGCCGAGCUGGGUCUUGUAGGCGUCAGGAGCACACGGCGCUUUAUCUGCCGUUGUGCUUCUGUACUGUAUUAUCGGAUCGUCCCUCUGCCGGGACGGUGACCUCAGUGUGUCGCACUUAAACAUUCCCUACAUUUCCGGACUUUCUUUGCAAUCCUAUACCUGGUUCUAACUAUACUUUACCAUGUAUGGACUGAAAAAGCGUUUAAUAUACACUCAAACGGAGUUGCAGCGUUUUUGUUGCGCGAUCCUGCUCAAUGGAACCCCUUAGCUUGAUUACGCUCGCUCCCUGAUCGUAAGGGAAUGCCCUUCAACGCUUCUCUGGCGCUUUGGACCACGCUUUGGUUCGGGGCCGCAAUCGGGAGCAUAUCGGAGCAGAGCGGAACAAUCAAGCGGAGCAAAGCCGCGUGAAGCGUUGCGGACAAGGCGUUCGGCAAGUCACUGAAAGCAAAAGGGCAUACACAGCUGUGCGGGCGGGCUACUUGCUUGCCAUGCGCGGUCCUGCUUGCCGUGCCUUCGUGUCUACCCGUCGCUUUACAGUUCAUAGCUUUCCACAUUAUUCUUCCAUCGUGCCACCCCCUCCCCCCAAGGCCCUCAGGAUUUUUGGCGCGGUACUUCUGCUGUCCGCCUAUCCAGGCCGCAGGGCCCGCGUGCCCUUGGGGAAAGCUCGCGUGUGUGCCGUUGGGAUCCGGCCUGUGCGCCGCACGCAAUGGGCUCCGCGCCCUUGCUUAAUGGACAAUGGACGGCAUACGUGCCCUUAUGAUACGGCCUGUGCGCCGCAAGCAAUGGGCUCCGCGCCCUUGCUUUAUGGACAAUGGACGGCAUACGUGCCCUUAUGAUACGGCCUGUGCGCCGCAAGCAACGGGCUCCGCGCCCUUGCUUUAUGGACAAUGGACGGCAUACGUGCCCUUAUGAUACGGCCUCUGCGUCGCAAGCAAUGGGCUCCGCGCCCUUGCUUUAUGGACAAUGGACGGCAUACGUGCCCUUAUGAUACGGCCUGUGUGCCGCAAGCAACGGGCUCCGUGCCCUUGCUUUAUGGACAAUGGACGGCAUACGUGCCCUUAUGAUACGGCCUGUGCGCCGCAAGCAACGGGCUCCGUGCCCUUGCUUUAUGGACAAUGGACGGCAUAUGUGCCCUCAUGAUACGGCCAGUGUGCCGCAGGGAACGGACUCCGCGCCCUUGCUUCAUGGACAAUGCGCCACAUACGUAUUCUUAUGAUACGACCUGUGCGCUGCAAGCAACGGGCUCCGCACCCUUGUUUAAUGGACAAUUCACGGCAUACGUGCCCGUAUGAUAUGACCUGUGUACCGCAAGCAACGGGCUUCGCACCCUUGCUUUGAUGGCAUACGUGCCCUUAUGAUACGACCUGUGUGCCGCAAGCAACGGGCUCCACACUCUUGUGUUGUGGAUUACAGACGGCAUUGAAAUGCUUACAUGCCUUCGUUGUACAUGUCUUCGUUGUACAUGCCUUUGCGUUGUGGACAUUGUGUGGUCUGAGCGCCACGUUCGGAUGCGGCGUGUGUGCCGCCAGUAACAGGGUUUGCGCCUCGCAUCAAGUGCUAUGGAGAUGGGUCUUGCGAUAUGGCCCGUGUGCCGCAUGCAAUUAUGCUGCCUGCCCUGUCGUUAUGGACGCUCCGACUUGUUGCGUGCGUGCCCUGCUGCGUGCCCUGUCGCAAUACGCCUUGAGUGCACCGUGCGCGGCAAGCCUGCGCCUCGCUAUUGCUUCGUGUUGACAACGGAGCGGGCUUACGUGAUCAUGCGUCACCCUGUACGUCUUGAGGUCCGCACGCACAUCAUGCUAUCACGCGGCAUCACCCUUGUAGUCUGGCUGACG